UUCACACAGAAGAAAGGUUUUUUCUGAGUUCAGUUUUUGUGUCGGAUUUUCUUUUAAGGUUCCUAAAAACUCAUGCUUUGUUUUUGUUUUCAAUAGUUCUAACACAAAUUCCUCAGUUGUUUCACAACCCUAUUAUUUUAAUAGUACUAAUUAUUCUUAUUUUUCUCAUUACAAUGCUGCUGAGAAUUCUCUUAAGAGAGUUGAAGAAGAAAUGCAAGGAGAUAGAAAAAUGCAAGGAGCAGGAGAUGUGCAAGGAGCUGGAGGAAUUGGAGAUAUGCAAAAUACCUCAAGUGGGCAACACACACCAAUUGCCAAUGAUCCUUCUCAACCAAAUCAACAAACUACAACAGCACACAAUCUUCCACCAACUGGCCUAAAGAAAAGAAGACUUGAUGAAAAUGGUAACAUAAAGAGAUCUGAGGUAUGGGAUCACUUUAACCUUAUUCCUGAUAGUGACCCCCCAAUUACUGAAUGUAAGUACUGCCACAAAAUGUAUAUGCAUGACUCUAAGAAACAUGGAAGAUCAAACUUAAAGAGUCACAUGAAAACAUGCCUCAAGUAUGCAUUGAACGUGUCUAUCGACCCUACCCAAAGAAUCUUGUUAUAUUCAACAACUAAGGGAAAUAUGUUGGUUCCAUUAAGUUCUAGGUUUAACCAUGUAGUUUGCAUAAAUGGAUUCAUGUAG